CAAAUAAAACAGUGCGAAUCCCCACAUCGGCCGACUAUUCGGCGCCAAGAUCUAGAAAUCGUACCAGUCUUAACAAUUUCAAGUAGUGGUAUCAUAGAUACGAUAUCUAUUGUUGCACACACCAAAGCUUGCUAAAGAAAAGCUUCACCGAAACAACGGUCUACCAUUUUUACUCUUUCCCCUCCGAUAAUACCACAAUUACAACCUAUCCUCGUCAUGGCAUCAAUUGCGCGAUGCCUCCGGGCAGCUCGACCUUCGACUCUCUCUCGAUUGGCAGUACAAGCGCCGCGCGCAAAAUCCAAUUGGCAACCGGUAGCUGUGAGGGCAUUCUCUUCUUCGCCGAUAAGAGACAUCCGCAAGUACACUAAAGACCACGAGUGGAUCGACCUCAAUGCCGACAAGACGGCCGGUGUGAUCGGCAUUUCGGAGUAUGCCGCUGAAGAGUUGGGUGAUGUGGUAUACGUUGAGCUACCCGAGGAGGGUAAGGAGGUUAAUGCUGGUGACGCUAUUGGCGCUGUAGAAUCUGUUAAGAGUGCCGCCGAUAUCAACGCACCUAUUGCUUGCACGGUUACAGGCAUCAACCUAGCGCUAGAGGAGAAGCCCGGUACCAUAAACCAGGUCCCCGAGGACGACUCCCACGGUGGUGGUUGGAUCGCGAAGGUCCAAGUCGGCGAGCAAGGCGUCAAGGACUUCGAAGCGCUCAUGGACCCCGAAGAGUACAAGGCAUUUACCGGCUCGGAACACUAAGCUCACCCCGCUCGCAAAGAGGGGUCCAAGGCCAAGAGUGCAUGUAAACGCAAUCAUGGGGUAAGGGGUUGGUCAAAUUCGACAAUGGGGAUAAGGGGGUUUCAUGGUGUUCACCGGAAAUGGAAAUGACAUUCAACAACCAGGCAACCAGCGAGUAGGAGAGAGAACGGG